AUUCCCAUAGCUGCCACAUGGUAGGGACCAGAGGAGACUCUCCGGCUGCCUGUCCGUCUCCUGCUUCAGUUUGCAGACUUCACUGCUGCUGCUUUGUUGUGUCGAGCCGGAGGUCACUCAGUCCGCUCACAGCGCGCACAGGACCCGCAGAAGACCCGCACUGCUCUCCACUUCUCUCCGCAGUUUAACGCAAAAAAACCAACAUCCAGCAUCAUGGGGAAAGGCUGCCUGACAGCGACCAAGUACUUCCUGUUCCUCUUCAACCUCAUCUUCUUUCUGUGCGGGGCCGUCAUCAUGGGCUUCGGACUGUGGCUCCUGCUGGACAAUCAGAGCUUCAUCGUCGUCCUGAGUAACUCCACGACUGUAAAGUUGGCAUGCUACAUCCUGAUUGGAGUCGGGGCUUUCUCCAUGCUCAUGGGCUUCCUCGGCUGCUUGGGGGCCAUUUAUGAGAUCCGCUGUCUGCUCGGCCUGUACUUCACCUGCCUCGUGCUGAUCCUCAUCGCUCAGGUCGCAGCCGGCACGCUUAUCUACUUCCAGAAGGAUGUGUUAAACGAAGAGAUGGCCAAGAUCGUCAUCAAGGUGCUGGACGGUUACCGCGGCAACAACUCGACCACGGAGCAGGCCUGGGACUUCAUCCAGAGGAAUAUGGAUUGCUGUGGCUGGACCGGCUAUCUAGACUGGAACGGCAACAUGGUGAUCGUCAACAGCUCCCAGCUGCUGUUUCCCUGCUCCUGCCAGAAGAUCUUGCUCAUCAACGGAAACUUCUCCGACAGCGGAUUCUGUGAGGCUCAGACGUCCGACUGGCCCGUUUACGAUGCGGGUUGUUCCACCAGCGUGGAGAGCUGGCUCCUCACCAACUUCGGGGUCGUCCUGGGUAUCUGCCUCGGAGUGGCUCUGAUUGAGCUGCUGGGGAUGAUCUUGUCCAUCUGCUUGUGCAGGAACAUUCACACAGAAGAAUACACCAAAGUGCCAAAGUACUAAAGAAGCUCGGUGGAGGAAGUUAACUGGUUGAACUGAACAGAAACACAGAAAUAGCAUUUUUGUUUCCCUUCCCUGUAUUUCAUCAAACGUUUUGUCCAAAUGUAAUAUAAUUAGUCUUUGCUUCAUAUUCAGUUAGAUUCUUCUUCUUCUUCGGGCACUUCUGUCUUUUGUUUUUGUCAGCCCAGUUUUUCUUUGGAGCACUUUAGAGACUUUUUGCAUCAGAGAGCCGUGCUGAAAACGUUUUUGAUUAAAUUUAUUUUAGAGGAACUUGUUGGAGUUUGGAGUAAGAAAUGACGGAUGAGGCUGCCUGUACAUCCUCUCAGAUUACAGCGUCGCUGGGUUCUCUGUAAGUUAUCGCGUCAUGGUUUUAGUUUUCCCUCAAAAAUCUGAAGAGAAAUCACGUUGAUUGUCUGACGACAGAAUUCAAAGCUCACGUUUGAGAGACGACUGGAAAAUCCACCUCGUGUGUUUUGUUUGUUUUUAUUUUUAUACACCAGCGUUUUGAGUUAUUGUGAAAUGUUUUUAGUACUUUGUAUAUAAUUUUAGUAAUUUGUGUGAAUUUGAAUCCCAAAAAUUCUGCCAGGGCUUUCUUUAGCAGCUGGUUUUAAAGAGUCAGCGGUUUGCUUUGCUUUUUUCAUGUUUGCUUGAUUUUGUUCUGGAAAUAAUAGAAAUAAUGAGGUACUAAAGAGGAAGAUUUAUGAUGCUUGUCACUCCCAGUUUACAAUUGUCUUUGACGACAAGCAAAAAGUUUUUUUUAGUUCUUUUUUUUUAAGGUAGCUUUUAGUUUAUAUUUUACCCACUUUUUAAUGAAAAACAGUUUGAGGAGUGAAAUGUUUCUUUUAACCAUUUUUGAAGUAUGUGAACUUUAAAAUAUGAGGAAAAGGGGACAAUUAUGUUGGAGCAGAAGAAGUAUUUUUGGGGAGAGUUCCAUCUUGGAAAUUUGUUUAUACAGAAAAAUUCAUUUAUGUACAAUUUUUAACUUUCAGCCAAGAUGUUAUGGUGUUUUUAUAAUGUACAAAUCCAACUUCCUGUUUUCUUUUUAUGUACAGUCUGUAGGAAAAACAUCCCAUUAACCCUUAUAAUAGUUACUAAAACAGAGAGGGUACGUAUGCUUGUAACUAGAUGGACUUCUGGUAGCUGGAUUAGUACUCACAACAUUCAUUCUUUCAAUAAACUGAUUACAGUA